UCCCAUAUCCUUUCACACUCGCGCUGCACCAGUCUCUGUUGAUACGCGUUAAACACAACAUACCAUGAAACAUUCGACUUACUUCUAUGUUAAACAUUUAGCCCGGCUUGGCGAAUAUAGGCUACUUCCCUCACAGACAGGUAGCGAUUUGUGCCAAGUUGAACGCUGUCUGCCACAUCACAAACAACCCAUAUCUAGAGCGCGGCAAAGGCGCGUCAAAUUUUGGUCUACUGCCAUCUGUUGUACAAUAAUAAUCAUAGCGCAAUUUUUCUUAAUAGUUUCUGUCUUUUUGCCAAACGCCCUUGAUACCUAUGAGACGACGCGCUUUACGUUUCACGACCGAUUCGACAGACAUGGAAAUUCAACAUACAAUGCUGCGGUAUGGAGCACAGGAUUAUCGCGCCUUGUCUUUCCAGUAAUGUGUCACUCUCACAACGAUUAUUGGAGACCUCAUCCUCUCUUUUCAGCGCUUGCUGUAGGCUGCGCAAGUGUCGAGGCAGAUGUAUGGCUUAGUCCAGAUGGAGAAGACCUUCUUGUCGGCCAUGACAAACUAUCACUUUCCUCAAGCUGGACACUACGAUCACUUUAUAUCGACCCGCUAUUACAGAUCUUAAACUCAAUGAAUCGGCCAGCGCCGCACGAGGCCUUCAGUUCCACAGCCCAAGCCUGUGGUGUCUUUGUCACGGAGCCGGAUAAAACAUUAAUACUGUUCAUUGAUGUGAAGGACGAUCCGGUGAAGACAUGGCCUUUGGUUCUUCAGCAGCUAGGGCCUUUGCGUGAUAUGAGAUACUUAUCUCGACACGACAGAACCAUGGCCACAAAUCAGACAUUCUGGCCUGGGCCCAUAACCAUAGUGGGCACAGGAAACAUCGUUAACCGGCGCGACAUAAAUAUAGGCACAAGCCUUGAAGAAUGGCAGCAGCGCCACGAUUCUUUUCUUGACGCUCCUUUACAUUUGCUUACUGAAACAGGAUUCAGUCAAAGUGACGAGUUUUACGGUCCCUAUGAAUUGGAAAAUGAAUUCUAUACUGCCUCGGCCCCUCUCAACAAGGCCAUUGGAAGUGUUCGGACGGGCUUCAGCAACCAGCAGAUGGAAACUCUGCGAAACCAGCUUCAAAUUGCAAAGCAUCGAAACCUGAAGUCAAGACUAUGGGGAUUACCUGAUUGGCCGAUAUCCCAUAGAGACUACGUAUGGAAAAUACUUAUGCGAGAGGGAAUUGAUUUAUUGAAUGCAGAUGAUAUCGCCAGUGCAGCGAUAAGCAUUGAGAGUCAGGCUAUAUAAGGGAAACCGCAUGGAUGGGUGUAAGUAUAUCCUAUCUGUUUUUCUACACCAUCGGGCUGAUCUAUUAUACGAGGCGAUUGGUAGUCCGAUACGUUUCCAUGAGAUAGGUAGAAGCAUGAAGGCAGUCACUACCCACGAAC